AUGGGCUCCAUCGCCCAGCCGUACAACAGCCGCCGCCGCCUCACCGGCGACGGAAACGGUGGCGCCAACAGCACACCAGACGCGGAAAUGGACUACGAGGCGCUCAUCAUCGGCGGCGGGUUCGGGGGCGUCUACGCGCUGCACCAGCUCCGCCGGCUCGGGCUGCGCGCGCACAUCGUCGAGGCCGGCGCCGCGCUCGGGGGCGUGUGGCACUGGAACCGGUACCCCGGCGCGCGCGUCGACUCCGAGGCGCCGUACUACCAGCUCUCGGUCAAGGAGGUGUGGAAGGACUGGGCGUGGUCGCAGCGGUUCCCCGGGCACGAGGAGAUCAAGCGGUACUUCCGGCACGUGGACGCUGUGUUGGACAUCUCGCGGGACGUGAGCUACGGGACUGUUGUUGUCGGUGCUGAUUUUGACGAGGAGACGGGGCUGUGGAGCGUUGUGACGGAUAAGGGGCGGAGGAUCACGGCGAGGUUUCUGAUUCCGGCGACGGGGAGCUCGAAUAAGCGGUACGAACCAAAUUUUAAGGGUAUGGAUGAGUUUGAGGGGGUUGUGGUGCACUCUGCGUCGUGGCCGGAGGGGGGCAUCGACUUUCGGGGGAAGAAGGUUGCGGUGAUCGGGGCCGGGGCGACAGGGGUGCAGUGCGUGCAGGAGAUUGCGAAGGCGGACGGUGUCGAGCUGACGGUGUACAUCCGCAACCCGAACAUUGCGCUGCCGAUGGUGCAGCGGGAGAUGACGGAGAUGGAGCAGCGGCAGCUCAAGUCGGUGUAUGGGAUCCUCUUCAGGGCUGCGAGGGAGAGCAUGCCGGGGCUGCCGUGCGACGGGACGACGAAGGUGGCGGCGCAGGCUUCGGAGGAGGAGAGGGAGGCGUUCUGGGAGGAGCUGUGGCAUCGAGGGGGCUUCAACUUCCAGGCCGGGAACUAUGUGGACUAUUUGAUUGACGAGAAGGCGAACCGGUCCAUGUACGAGUUUUGGAAGAAAAAAACGGGGCCGAGGGUGCGGAAUCCGGCGAAGAGGGCGACUGUGGUGCCGGAGGAGCCGCCGUUCCCCUUUGCGACGAAGAGGAGCAGCCUGGAGCAGGACUACUACGAGUGUCUUGACCAGGACAAUGUCGAGGUUGUAGGGGUGAAGAAGAACCCUAUCCGGAGGUUUUCGAGGAGAGGCAUUGUCACGGAAAAUGGGAUAGAGAGGGAGCACGAUAUCAUUUUGCUCGCGACGGGCUAUGAUAACUGCACGGGCAGCCUGACAAGCAUGGGAUUGAGAGGGAAAGAUGGGGUUGACAUGAAGGACAGGUGGAAGGAUGGUGUUUGGACGUAUCUCGGGCUUAUGGUCAGAGGAUGUCCGAACAUGUUCAUGGUAUACGGUCCUCAAGCACCCACAGCUCUCACGAACGCCCCGCCCUUCAUCGAGCAGCAAGUCGAGUUCAUUACAGACUUCAUAUCCAAGCUGCGUAAUGAGAACGUCAAGUCCAUCGAGCCUCGGCGUGAAUCAGAAGAACAGUGGAAAGACCUGAUUCUAUCCAUGAACGAGGCAACGCUGUUCCGGAAAAACGACUCUGCAUGGUACCUCGGCGCCAACAUACCGGGCAAGCCGAAAGAACAGCUCAACUACGUCGGAGGCAUUCCACCGUAUAUGAAAGCUUGCCGAGAAGGAACAAGCGACUGGAGGAACUUUGAUGUUGUCAGGAUGGGUGAGGGGAAAGGCAUAGCCAACGGCGAGACUGCCAGGCCCCUGAAUUAG